AUGAUUUGCUCCGUCACCUUUGCAGGGAUCGAGGGGACGCUGACGGGCCUGUCAUUCCCCGGCUCCUCCUUCGUGCCCUUCUUGAAGACAGGAGGCCCACUGCCUCUCUUCCAGUCCUCAGAUACAUUCCGUGACUGCUGUGACUUUCAAAGGGAGUUGAGAGUGGCCUUGCAAGCUGCCCCGUUCAACGCUGGGGUUGCCUUUGCCCAAGCUUUGCUUUUGCUGACGACCUACCUGGAAGAAGACCUUCUUCUUCGCCUCCAUGUGCUUUGCCCGAUUCAACGCCAGGAGCAGUAUAAAAGCGGGCCCUUCUCCUCCCUCUCUCAUCCACUCCUCUCGCCUCCAUCUCCUUGGAACAAGGUGCACCUGCGGCCCCGAGACAUGUCCUGCUACAACCAGUGCCUGCCAUGCCAGCCCUGCGGCCCGACCCCGCUGGCCAACAGCUGCAAUGAGCCCUGUGUCAGGCAGUGCCAGGACUCCACCGUCGUCAUCCAGCCCUCCCCCGUGGUGGUCACCCUGCCCGGCCCCAUCCUCAGCUCCUUCCCACAGAGCACCGCCGUGGGAUCCUCCACCUCCGCUGCCGUUGGCAGCAUCCUCAGCUCUGAGGGAGUGCCCAUCUCCUCCGGGGGCUUUGGCCUCUCCGGCUUGGGCAGCCGCCUCUGCGGCAGGAGGUGUCUCCCCUGCUAA